CCACCCCAAAUAAAAUAUCGAGCACAAAAUAAUCAAGAAGUUGUUGAACAUGUUGCAUUUGGGAAAUGGAAAAUUCGAAAUCAAUUUCGUUCAACAUCGGUGAUCAAUAAAUGGGGUAUGAUUUAUUUUGGCUCGAAACCUGACAACAAUAUAAUCGGAAUUCUAAAAAAUUUCGAGAAACAAUUACCAUCGUUACUAAUGAGAUACGGUAUUGGAAUCAAUUCAAAUCCGUUGACCAUAGCUAAGCCAAGUCGCAAAGAUGACAUUGACCAAACAUUCACACAUGUUAAGAGUCAAGAUUGGCAAUUGGCGAUUGUCAUCUUAAAUGACACGGUACCGGAAGUUUAUAAUUAUGUUAAAAAAUUAGGAAAUCAAAAAAUUGGUUUAAUAACUCAAUGUGCUAGUUUUCAAGCUAUACAAAGAAAUUCCGAAAAACUUCAUAUGUAUGUAGAAAAUUUAAGUCAAAAAUUGAAUGCUAAGAUCGGUGGCAUCAAUGGUAUCGUUAAUCUAAAAGCUGCUCUUAAUCAAGCAUCGAAUAAUGAUCGUUUCAUGUUUUUCGGUGUUGAUGUAACUCACACAACUUCAUCGAAAGAAAGACCAUCGAUUGCUGCCAUUGUUGGAUCAUGUGAUCCAACAUGUAGCCGUUAUGCAGUUCGUCUUUGUGAACAAUAUCCAAAGAAAGAUCGUUGUUCAAUUGAAAUUAUUAAAGAGAUGGAUAAGAUGGUCAUCGAUUUACUUCGCGUAUAUGCUCGUUCAUGUGGUAACACACUACCAAAUCGAAUCGUCUUUUAUCGCGAUGGUGUCGAUGACGGACAGUUUCAAAAAGUAUUAGAUAAUGAAGUUAAAAAAAUCAAAGAUGCUUGCCGAGUUGUAUAUGGACAGAACCCACUGCCUCGAUUAACCUUUAUCAUUGUUAAGAAACGACAUAAUACACGUUUCUUUACUUACGAUGGUCAACGAACAGACAAUGUUGAAGCGGGUACUGUUAUUGAUGUUGAUAUAACACACCCAUCUGAAUUUGAUUUUUACUUAUGUUCACAAGCUGCUAUAAUGGGAACAUCACGUCCAGCACUGUAUCAUGUACUUCAUGAUGAAAAUGGAUUUAGUAGUAACGAUAUUCAACAAUUAACAUACUGGCUCUGUCAUACUGAUGCUCGAUGUUCGAAGUCAGUUUCCAUUCCAGCUCCAGUACAUUAUGCUCAUUUAGCUGCAUAUGCUUCCCAUGUAUACGAAUUCGACCAUGAUGGUGAUGAAAUCUUGGAAAAUGAGGACAAUCAAAAUGCACCGGAACCCAUCUCACUUGAAGAUAUACGAACAAACGUGAUGAUACUGAAUAACAAUAUACAGGAUACGAUGUGGUUCGUUUAA